AUGUGGCUGUGUACCUUCCUUCCUGUUGUCCUUGUCUGUCUGUCUGGGUCUGCUCUUUCUGGGCCAAGAGCUUGGCUUUUCCCAAGGCAGAGGCCCCACUUUGACCGUCCUGGAGAUGUGGUGUUGGGUGGCAGCUUCUCCAUCUUUCGAUUAUUUAAUGGUAUCCUACCUGACUUCACUGACCCACCAGCUGGACUGUUUGCUUCAGGUGUUUCCCAGUGGGGCUACCCAGUGGCCCAGAGUUUUGUGUUUGCCAUCGAGGAGAUUAAUAGGAGAGCUGACCUGCUGCCCAAUUUGACCCUGGGCUUCUCCAUUCGAAACUCUGGGGAUUCAGUGCAUGGUGUCAUCCAUGAGACGCUCAGCUUUCUCACGAGGCAGGAGGAGCCCAUCCCCAACUACACCUGCCAGCAUGGUUCUCCUCAGGUGGCCCUCAUUGGGGCCACAAGGUCUGUCUCCAUGGCCAGUCUUCUGGGGUUUUACAGGUUUCCCCAGGUCAGUUAUGGAUCCUCACUACCCAGCAUCAGUGACAACAUUCAGUUCCCAUCUAUCCUGGGCACCCUGACUAGUGACCUCAAGGCCUUCAGUGCAGUGACUCAGUUGGUAAUUCACCUUCAGUGGUCUUGGGUGAUCAUUCUGGCCCAUGAUGAUGACUUAGGGCAGCAUGCCAGCUCUCUGGCCAAUCAGGAGCUGAGCCCAGCUGGUGUGUGUAUUGAGUCCACAAUCUACGUCUCUUUCCAUGAGUCCUUGAAGAAGAUAGAAGAGUUUUCCCAGAAGAUGCAAAAAUGCACAGCCAGAGCUGUUCUGGUUUUUCUAAACAUUGUCAAUUUCCAAAUAGUCCUGCAUGACUUACUGGGCAUCCCUGUCUCAGGCCAGGUCUGGGUCAUCAAGGACACUAUGCAUGUGUCACUCGCCCUGAGCAUUCCAGGAGUUUCCAAGUUACUGCAUAGCAUAUUUGGCCUUCUGUAUCACAGCAGUAGUGCAAUUGGCUUUCCUGAGUUCCUUGCCAACUUGCGCCCCAGACAGACCCCAGAGGACAUGUUCAUAAAGAAGGUCUGGGAGUUCACCUUUGAUUGUGUAUGGCCUCACCAGAGCAGCACAGUGAGUGAGGGUGUCCAAUUGUGCUCAGGGAAUGAGAGUCUGAAAAACCAGCUGUACCCUUUCCAAGAAGUUAGUAAGAUGGAUGCUGCUUACAUAUGUGUCUAUAGCAUUGCCCAUGCCCUGCAGGACAUGAUAGAUGAUGAGCACCAGCAUGGGAAAGGUACAGACUCUCAGGACUUCCAUCCCUGGCAGCUUCUUCAUGCCCUCAGGAAGGUCCACUUCAAAACUCCUGAUGGAAGUGAAAUUAUGUUUGAUGUUAAUGGAGAUUUGGUGACAAAAUUUGACAUUUUCCAAGGGCAAAAGACCCCCCAGGGUGUAUUUCACUUGGUCCAUGUAGGAAUGAUAGACUCUCAAGUCUUUUCGGAGAAUAAAAUAUUGAUCCAUUUGAAGGAGGAUCUUCAAGUGCCCACCUCUGUGUGCAGUAAAAGCUGCCUUCCAGGGUUCAGCCAAGUGCCUAGGCUGGGAGCCCAGUGCUGUUUUGAUUGCAGUCCUUGCCCGGAGGGACAGUUCGCAGACCAAAAGGACAUGAAGACAUGUCUUCUGUGUCCCAAGGAGCAGUACUCGAGCCACAGCAGAGACCACUGCCUGCCCAGGACAGAGAUCUUCCUGGCCUUUGAGGAACCUCUGGGAUUCAUGCUGGCUUUGGUGGCACUCUUCCUGUGUGGUCUGGCUGUCCUGGUCCUGGGAGUGUUCCUGAAGCACAGGGACACCCCUGUGGUGAGGGCCAACAACAGAACCCUCAGCUACUUACUCCUGGUGUCUCUUUCCCUCUGUGCCCUGUGUGCCUUGCUGUUCCUUGGACGCCCCAGUGUGACCACGUGCCUCCUCCGUCAGACCACAUUUGCUGUGGUGUUCACGGUGGCUGUCUCCUCCGUUCUGGCCAAGACUCUCACAGUGGUCAUGGCCUUCAGAGCCACCAAGCCUGGGGGCAGGAUCCGGGGUUGCCUGAACCCCAGAGUUUCCACCGCAGUGGUCCUCAUUGCUUCCUUCAUUCAGGUUGUUCUUUGUGGGAUCUGGUUGGCCACCUCUCCACCAUUCCCAGACAGGGAUGUGAUCUCUGAGCCCCAGCACAUCGUCAUCCAGUGCCAGGAGGGUUCUGGCACUGUCUUCUUCUGUGUGCUGGGCUACUUGGGGUUCCUGGCAGGGGGAACCUUUGCUGUGGCAUUUCUGGCCAGGGGUCUACAUGUCUUCAAUGAGACUAAGUUCCUGACCUUCAGCAUGCUGCUCUUCUGCAGUGUCUGGACAACCUUCCUGCCCCUGUACUACAGUGCCCGGGGCAAGUCCACUGUGGCUGUAGAGAUCUUCUCCAUCCUUGCCUCCACUGCUGGGCUUCUGGGUGGCAUCUUCAUCCCCAAGUGCUACAUCAUCUUGCUGAAACCAGAGAGGAACACCCUUGCCUGGCUCAGGAAAGGCCACCAGGCACAACAGGAUAGGCAGAGUGAGAUGCCCCAGAGAAAGUGUCUCCAUGGGUCCAUACCACACCACUUUGGGAUCUAGUUCUUUAUGGAGUCACCUGGAUCAACCAAGUGAUUUUGACUCAUUUUUCCAGGAUUCAACAAUGGUAUUUAAAAGUUAGAUCAAGAUAAAGCUGGACAUUUUGAACAAUACACUUAUGACUAUCAGUUGAUAGUGAACAUACAGAUGGUCGUUUACUACUGUCUCUAUGUAUUGAUAAAGUUCAUCACAAUUAACUCAGUUUGAAAAGGGUAGUUGGGAAGAUGCCUCAUCUUGUAUAAAUAUCACUAAGCAUGAUGACUUGAGUUUGAUCCUCAG